GGGAACGACGGCGAGGUGGGUUGGGUCUCUCUCUCUCUCUCCCUCUCUCCAGGCUGUAUAAGUACCCCAUCCGUGAUGGACACUGCAUUGCACUUUUACGCAGUGAGGAUGAGCGCACGGAUAGCGAAAUCCAACCCGGCCAUGAAACUAAUAGUGCUCUUCACGGCGUCGCUCUCCUGGGCCUUCCAGCAGCCGGCCGCGCCGCCCAAGUACCAGUACCGCGACCCGGCCACGGCCGACGUCCUGCUGUGCAGCCAGUGCCCCCCCGGCACGGCCGUGAAGCGCCACUGCACGGCGGCGGCGCCGACGGAGUGCCAGCCCUGCCCCGAGAGGCACUUUGCCGAGAGCUGGCACUGGGGGGACUCGUGCCAGCACUGCACCUCGGUGUGCAAGGAGAGGCAGCUGGUGAAGCAGCAGUGCAACAGCACCCACGACCAGCUGUGUGAGUGCGCUCCAGGUUUCCACCUAGUGGUGGAGUUCUGCAUCGCACACAGGUCCUGUCCGCCUGGCUACGGAGUGACAUCAUUAGGAACGCCGCUGAGCGACACCGCGUGCGAGCGGUGUCCCGCCGGCCACUUCUCCGCCGCCGCCUCCGCCUCGGAGCCGUGCCAGCGCCACCGGAACUGCUCGGACCUGGGCCUGAAGACGCUGCGGUGGGGCACGGCCAGCGCCGACAGCCUGUGCGACGCCGCGGGCCGCGCGGCGGCGGCCGAGUGCUCCCAGCAGCACACGCUGUGCCACACGGAUGUGACCCUUUGUGAGGAGGCCAUCUUCCAGUCUCUGGCCUCGUGGCCUCUGGAGCGGCUGAUGGAGAGUCUCCCAGGCCGGAGGGUGGACCACAAGAGCCUGGACCGGCUAAAGAAGACCUGCUCCCCUCAGCAGCAGGUGCUCCAGCUGCUGCGGCUGUGGAGGGAGCAGAACAAGGACCAGGACAAGCUGUACGGCCUCAUACAAGGCGUCAACCACUGUGAGAGGAAGGUCUCCCGAUGCAACGUCCUGAAGAACGUGACCUUAGACGACCUGCUGCUGGUCAGCUACAGCCUGCCGGGGGCCCGGGUCCGGCCCGGGGACAUCCAGGCGCUGGUGUCCAGCUGCCUGCCCAGGCAGUACAUCCUGCAGCUUCUGCACCUGUGGAAGGCGGCCAACCACAACCUGGACCUGGCCAAAGGCCUGUCCCACAGCCUGCGGGUGCUGCGCAGCCAGGGGGCCCCGCGCUACCUGCUGAGGGGCCUGAAGAAGAUCAGCCGCAUCAUAGGAACCGCACCCACGCACAAGAUUUACGAGAAGAUGUUCGACAAGAUGCUCCAGGACGAGACGUGUUUCAAAGCUCAUAAGCUGUUCAACGAAUGAGACAAUGGGUGGGUAAACAGUGUGUGUGUGGGGG